AUGCUGCGUGACGUGGUAGGAACCGUGGGUGUAUUAGUUCCGGUGAAGGACCUCUCCAAGAAUAGAAGGGCUAUAGGUUCCAUUAUUGCAAGCCAUCUCUUAACCCGCCUGUCCCAAAUAAAGGUCUGUGAGUGUGGUUACUUACUCUCGGUCACCAAAUUGCUCAACAUAUCACGAGGCCAAAUCCCGUUCGGCUCCCACCACAUUGCUUUUACAGUUGAGUUCCGUUGCCGGACCUUCCUGCCCGUCCAAGGUGAGAUAAUGAAUGGGGUCGUGCACAGGAUAAUGAGGCACGGCGUGUUUCUUAGGUCUGGGCCCAUGAACAUUAUAUACCUGUCUCUCAGGCUGAUGCCAAAUUACCAUUUUGUCCCCGGCGAGAAUCCGGCCCAUGUCCGGGAGGACAUGUCUAGGGUUGAGAUUGGUGUUGUGGUUAGGUUCAUGGUUUAUGCUGUUAGGUGGGUAGAGGAUGAUGAGCUGAAGGAGGCCAGGGUGCUGGCGAGUAUAGACGGGGAUGGGCUGGGCCCACUGUCUUUGAACGGUCUCGAUGGGGUUGAAUUAUAG